AGAGAGCGCGAGGCCAAACCACAAAAAGCUGCAGACCGAGCACGUCGGUUCUGCUCAGAGAAGAGAUGAGAAGAUAUUUAGCAGGAAUGGCUUGACUGGACCUUUAACUUCAACUACAGGAUCGGAUAGUGUGUCGAGAGGUUCUGUCGGCAGCCAUGAGCGUCCUCGGGAAGAUCAUCUUCUACAGCAUGGUAGCCCUCAUCAUCAUAUUCUUGGCCAUCAUCAUCCUCUUCCUCUCCUUUGCCUUCUCAAGUUCGUCUGCCGUGUUGAGCAGAAACACAGCGCCCAUCGCUAACCUGGGCCAGGACACGCUCCUCAGCUGCUACCUUCUCACGCAGACUGUCACAAAGGUGUCGGUCACCUGGGAGAAGAAGGGUCUAAGUGGAGUGGUUUACAAGUACAAGAACGGAGCUGCCACCCUGCAGGACCAGAGCUCACAGUUCAAGGGGAGAACUCAGCUGUUCUCUGAAGCUUUGGCUACAGGGAACGCUUCCCUACUGUUGAGGAACGUGAAGCACAGCGAUGAGGGCGAGUACACGUGCAGUAUCAGCUCAUCUAAGAGCGGAGGCACUGUCAACAUUCAUCUCCAAACAGCAGCCUUCACAGCCCCCACAUUCACACUUUCCAACAGUGUGCUUACGGCUCAUGCCAGCAGGUGGUUCCCUAUACCUAACGUGACGUGGUUGAACCUGGAUGAGGAAGUCCUGCGUGGAAACACCACCUUCUCAGCGAGCCACAACAAAAUAUACAGUGUUACCAGCACGCUGCCAGUCAACAACACUGACGCCUACAUCUGCAGGAUUGAAAACAACCUUGUGACCUCUGUCUCUACAGCAACGGUGACAGGUUCUGCUGUAUCAGAGGACUCGUAUUUCACCUUCAGUGCUGCUUCGUCCCUGCUGGUGUCAGUUCACCUGAGUAUCACGACCACCUGCGUCCUCUGCAUCUACAACCUGACCUAAUUAUGCACACGCAGACAUACAGAUGGUGACAAAUUUUAGGAAAAACAAAGUUCAAUGCUAGUUCGAAACCGGCUUUGGUGAUGCUGGCUGCAGUUUUUCUUUCUGAAACUGUAAAAGUGACCAACAGAAGUUGAGCUGCUGCUGGACUCAGUCCACAGAACCUGAAGUAAAGAGCUGUUCACCUGUUUAUUCAAAGCGUGGUGACGCUCGACUCAGUACACAAACUUAUGAUGCACAACGACACUUACUUUGAGUUCCAGUCGCUGCUGCUACACUGCACUUGGCGCAUGUUCAUUCAAAGUUUAUUCAAAUUGGACAUAUCAUGUGUCCAAAUCGCACCAAAUUCAAUUUAACACUUACUUAACAACCUUAACCAUAACAAUUUACAUGACAUGUGUGAAGCUCUGUGAAUGGUUGGCGAGAGGAGAUCUAUUUUUAUAUCAAGGUGUGUUGAGGCUGUUAUGAGGCGACCUGGUGGUAACUUACUUAUGUUGGUUUUUCCUUUAAUUUGUCCCCUGUCUGAACUUGAGAUAAAUAUUCAAUAUUCACUCAAACAUCCCAACCAAGUUGUAUAUAUAUAUAUGUUUACAGAAUAAAAUAUAAUUUGAGGGUGAAGCUUAAAGCUGAAAUCAUUUGCCAAGCAAAUUAAAAUUCUCUGAAAACAUAAAUACAUGAUUCAAAUGAGGAAAAAUGUAAUUAUGGAAGCAAAGCUUGGAAGCUGAAAACUGAAGCGAAUUGGACUCAAGAAAACAGCUAAUGUGCAGAAUCAAAACUUGGGAGAAGAAAAGAAAGCUGGAAUAAAUGCAGAGACAGAUGAAAAAGACUGAAGAAAACGUGGAAGCCGAGAGAUGGAGGAUUAACUUAGAUGAUGCUGAAAACGGUUGAAAUACAGAACAAAAACUUGGCCGGUGAAAGCUGAAGGAAAGACUGAAGCAAUGCUUAAACUGAAAAAUCCAAUAAUUAAAACAAGUUUAAAUAAAAAAAGUAAAUGAAGAAAUCAGAACUCAGAAGCUGAGACAUGAAGGAUUACGACAGGGGAUGGAAUAUAGACGAAAAGAAAUGUAAAAGCAAAACUUGAAGCUGAAAGUGAACUGAAAGACUUAAAUACUGCAUUGACUGAUUUCAUGUUAAUUCAUUGUAUAAUUUAUUAUUAUAUUAAUAUAUUUGUUGUUCACCACCUUAUGCUACCACUGGUACAACUGCUACCUGGGCACAAACAGGAAUUGAUGUGUUUGUUAAAAAAAGAAAACCGCCGUAGAAAAGGAUUGAUUUCUCUGUCGGUUGUGAAACAACAGGCCACAGAAAACCCCCUGGAAAUGUUUAUCUUUAAAAGUUCGAAGCCAUUUGUCAAGAGGCUGAGAUCAGAAACAUAUUUUUCACAAAUAAACACAUUUUGUAUUCCUCUGA